AGGUCGGGUUCGGCGGAUUUGGCUUAUCAUCAACUCAGAAGAUGGCUCACCUAGCAUUUCUGGCGUCAUGGGCACACUCUUUGAAAGAACUGCCAUUGAGAUUUCCACCUCUGAAAGAUCGUUUAGAACGGUUUUUUGAAGGUAGCAAUACAGGACAACUUAUUCGUACAUUGGUGGCAAAACUACCACCCAAGUCGGGUGCAGAUGAUGACGAGCAGUUUCACACCUUAGAGCAGAUGACAGAAUACCCUAGAAAAUUGCAACAUCGCCUGACGGUAGACGCUUCUCAUAAACGAUCAGAAGAAGUUAUCAAAAGCAUGAACUCAGAGAGACAUGUUGCAAGGAUCAGGUCCUUACACGGAAAAGGAGCUGGAGCAUGGCUAGAGGUAAUACCAACUUCAGACAAGAACGCACUGAAGCCGAAUGAAUUUCGUGUAGCGUCUUGUAUGAGGUUGGGUGCUGGUUUGCCUUUCAGCCGGCUGCUUAAGACGUGUGACUGUGGAACUGAGCUGGAUCGCGAGGGCUAUCACCUUUUGACAUGUAAAUAUGGAGGUGGACCUGUGUGGACGCAUAACUCCAUAGUGUCUGCAUGGAGUGAUUGCCUAAGCGAUUUACUCAUUCCCCAUCAAAUAGAACCGAGACAGCGAUUUGUAGACAACGAAAACCGGCCUGACAUCACGCUUUACGACACUGACACUGGGAUCACAAAAGAAUGUGAUGUUUCGAUAGCUCACCCUUGGAGCAAAGACAUUAUUAAAGGUGCAGCCAGAGAAGGUGGCCAUGCAGCAGCUAAACGAGAGGCAGCAAAGUCAAAAAAAUACUCAGAGGAAUCGCUUGCGGAUGGAUCGAAGCCUAUAGUUGUCCCACUCGUCUUUGAACACUUCGGCAGGUGGGGCUUAAAGGCUGACGAGCUGAUGAAUGAACUGGGGAAGAAGGCGAGAGGCUUUGAUGGAAGAAGAAUUGCGGUAGAGUUUAAAACCUUCUGGAGGAAAAGACUGUCUAUUACUCUUCAAAAAUGCAACAGCAGAGUGAUUUUGCGGAAGCUGUCAAGGCUUUCUGUGCGCUCAUUAGGAGAUGACAGUGUUUUGGGAGUAGAUAGAGACAUUCAUUGUUUUACUCAUUAGCAAUAGUCUCGGACUACAAGUAGAACAUUUCAUUUUAACAAUACCUGUUUGUAGUAGUGAAGAUUGUUGACAAUAAACUUG